AUGGAUUUCGACGCUUUAUUUAACGAGAAGACAUUUCAGUUUUCGGACUUCCAGGAGUUCACGUUUCUUCCUGGACACCAGAAGUUGACUGAACGCGUGAGAAAGAGACUGUAUUAUGGUCUGGACCAAGACGUUUCUCUAGAUGCCCUCUCCUGCCCCGUUACAGAUAUUGCCGUAGAAAUCUUCCAGAAGUCUGCCCCAAGCCCAAUACGAAAGCUUCAGAAGAAGUAUGCUGCUCAUGUUUCCAGGGAGGCUUGCAUCUCUCCGUGUGCCAUGAUGCUGGCUCUAGUUUACAUAGAAAGGCUCCGACAUAGAAACCCUGAAUACCUCCAGAAGAUCUCCUCCUCUGACCUCUUCCUGAUCUCCAUGAUGGUUGCCAGCAAGUACCUGUAUGACGAAGGAGAGGAAGAAGAGGUUUUCAACGAUGAGUGGGGAGCAGCUGGGAAGCUGGACGUCAAAACUGUCAAUACCCUGGAGAUGAACUUCUUGAACGCCAUUGAGUGGAGCCUCUUCACAGAGCCAAAUGACUUAUUUGAUAUACUAAGUCAACUGGAAACCAGGAUUGCAGAGCGGCAGGGGAUGAAACGCGGCUGGUUCACCUACACUGACCUCUGUGUGCUUCUGGAGCAAUCGGCAUGGAGUCACGCCCUCACAGCCAUGUACCAGCACUUUACCAAGGUGUCCUGCAUGCUCGGCCUCGUCUAUCUGACCAGUGUAGCUGGCCUUAUCGCCACCAGCGCUGUGCUGCACCAGCUCAGUCUCUCCAGAAGCGGCCAGCCCCUGCUUCCAGCUCCAGCUGAGAUCAGCCCGGCCCACCUCCAGACUCCCAACCUGAACUCAGAAGCUCCGUCUGCAGCCCAGCGCCUCCCCUGUUGUGUCCUGGCCAACAAGAGUCUGAACCGCCAGACUGGUGCGCUUGGAAUCGACCAGCACCACGCACAAAGCCCGCCAUCGGCCUCCUCACAGACAUCAGUGUUGUGUCUCUGGGGCUCCCUCCUGGCCUCAAUGGGUCACAUACAUCCUGAGACAAAUGAGAAGGAGAGUCCCCAGACUUGGUCUCCUGCCUCCUUCUUCUGUCCCGGCUGUCUUGCAACCCUCCCUCCUCUCCAGUGCGGGCUCAGAAACACCUCGUCACUUUCCACUCAAGGUCCCCUUUACCAUCAGCAUCAUGCACCGUGGCUGGCCUCCAGCCUUCUUGGAGGACCAGAACCAAGUCUGAACUCUCGCCUGGGUGUGUUACCCCCUGUACAGCUAGCACCCUGCCACCCAGAGUCUAUGUUACCUGUCAACAAAGCCCAAGCUCUGCUCAUGCCCGGCUAGUGGAUUUACCAACUGCCCUGCUGUCAGACCUGUAGUUAUGGACUCUGGAAAUGAAACCAGCAUUGUUUUCAUGACUCAUCAAAUCCUCAAAGUCAUGUUUUGUUUACUUUUCCAGAUCUAGAGUACAGGUGUAAAGGCACGAGCAGGCACAUUUGGGGCAGGGUGAGAGUUUAAUAACGCAGCACAGUGUGCAAAUUCACUUACAGUUCACUACUGCAGAAUACAUUUGCCAUAAGUAAAACGCCAUAGUGUUCAGCUAAUGCUCUGUUCUGUUUGUACUGCAGAAAAGGUGUCCGGGAGUUUGAGGAUAAUCUGAUAUGUUUUUCUCGGCUGCAGCCGAGCUGUUUCGCAUUUAUCAUUGUUUGAAAGUUCAGAGCUGUCAGAUGGCGAUGCAGGGCCUUUGCGAAGAGCGUGUUUUGAGUUAUUAUAUCACGGCCGUAAUAUUGCAGCUGCUUGCUACUCGGCCGGUUGAUGAAAGCGUGUGGAGGUUUCACAGCAUAUCUGAAUGUUGAGAGUUUCACAGUAGGUUUUUGUGUUAUGACGGGGGCUCUUUGAGAAGAAGGGACUAAACCAGUUUACUUUGUUGGCUAUGUUUAGGCUUUUCCAUAUUUGCUUAGUGUAACCAUAUAUUUUUCAUUUACGCAUAAGGAGCUUAACAUCAGACAAUUGGUCAUACACGUACAGCAAGCACUGAUUUUGUACACCAGGUAGGUUUUGUUACUGUUGAAACAGAUCUAUUUCUGUCCUUGUAAACUUCAAAGAUCUUCCAUCUCAAUACCUCAGUGGAACUGUCACUGGCCUCAUCCGUAGCAUUUUGCCACAUAACAUUAAAGACACUUCUAACAGGGUGAUGUUUAGCCAAAUUUAAGAGAUUUAUUUUAAGGUUCCGUUCUCCGAGGGGAAGAAGGUGUGUGUAAAAAGGAUGGGCUCCUGGGGUUGGGUUGCGGUUGGGCUUUUUGAAGUGUAUUUUGAAUAGAACCUGUCACUUGUUAAAGGCCAGGACCAAUGUUUCUGUGUUGAUGCAAUCCGGAAUUUGCACAUCUGACCAUGUCAUUGCUUUGAUUUCACUCCAUCAUUACUGCAUAGUCGAGUAUCUUUUGAACACCAGAGGGAAAUGUGAAGAAUUGAUUACUUUUUAUGUAGACAGUUACAUAUGGUCCCCAGGACAUUUUACUUUGUAAUCGAACCUUUCACAAAUGGUUCUGAGCAUCUGAAUUUGAUACACUUUGAAGCAUGAAGUCCUUUAAUUUUGUACAUGGUGUAAAAUGCAAAUAUUGUACAAAUCUGUAGAAAAACCAAUGGCUAAUAAAGAAUGCAUUUCUUUGUGACA